AUGGCUGUGGGUGAUUAUGCACAUUUGCUCCAUCGCUUAGCUGAAGCACCAACCGAAAUAGACUGGACGAAACGAGUAAUUUUUGGACCUCAACGCAAAUAUCAUCCAGAUACUACUGUUAAUAUUGUCCUUUGCACUAUUCCUGGGAUCCCAAUAUUGAAUGAGAUCGCCGCAUUGGAUGUGGAGGAAAAAUCUGAGACGGAUGAACAAAAGAAGACGAAGGAACAUAAAGACGUGGAUAAAUUGUUUUUGAUUUCUUGGCCAAUGGUUCCAAAAUUUUAUACGAGAUUGAUGAAGUAA